AUGACUAACAGAGACAACUUACAUGACGAUGAUAUUCUCACACCCGCUGACCUCAUGACGUUCGCAUGGCAGAUAGCGAAGGGAAUGGAGUUUUUGUCAGGUGAAGGAUUCGUCCAUCGUGAUCUAGCGGCGAGAAAUGUUCUCGUUUGUGAAGGCAAGCUGGUGAAGAUAGCCGACUUUGGAUUGUCGCGCAACGUGUACGUUGCGAAAGUGUACCAUGCUACAAAGACCAGAAAAUUGCCAAUCAAAUGGAUGUCACCGGAAGCUAUUCAUGAUCAACCUCGGCAUUUAAAAUUUCUCAGAAAGAUACCCAAAGAAAUUUCAAGGACGUAUUCUUUAGAUGAUGUUAUCUUAGGAAGGCUUGAGCUCUUGAUUCUCAUAUGGAUAUUUUUCAGAUCUAAGUCAGAACUCCUGGAUCCUUGGGAAGUCCUUUUUGAUGACAUCUCCUUGCAUAGAAUCAUCGGCGAAGGAGCGUUUGGGAAAGUAUACAGGGGCGAGCUUCUAAAAGAACUCAUGGAGGUUGGAAAAGGAAGGAAAUCUUUGCAGCGUAAGACCGACAAAGAACAACAGAAAACGAAUAAGGGCCUGACCGUUGCUGUGAAAAUGUUACAAAAUGGCGCAACAGAAGAACAAAUUCAAGAAUUCCUCGAGGAAAUACAGCUCAUGAAACAAAUCGGGUAUCACCUGAACAUAUUGAAUUUAUUGGCCUACUGUACUAUGACAAGUCCAAUGUUCCUUGUAGUGGAGUUUGCAAAGAAUGGCGAUUUACUUCACUACCUCAGGAAAAGAAGAGAGCAGGUCAAACAAGCUUUUGAAGCGACAGCAGAAGCAGCACCCCUCAACUCAAGAUAUCAAAACGAAGAGGUCAUAAAUGAAGGGAGCUUAUAUGAGUGUUUGUUCCCUUUUCAGUGCACCAGCGACAAAAACCGAUGUGAAACAAUCGCUCAUCGGAGUAUUCGGGAUAACAAUGGACCAGAAAGGGAUUUCAUGACUAACAGAGACAACUUACAUGACGAUGAUAUUCUCACACCCGCUGACCUCAUGACGUUCGCAUGGCAGAUAGCGAAGGGAAUGGAGUUUUUGUCAGGUGAAGGAUUCGUCCAUCGUGAUCUAGCGGCGAGAAAUGUUCUCGUUUGUGAAGGCAAGCUGGUGAAGAUAGCCGACUUUGGAUUGUCGCGCAACGUGUACGUUGCGAAAGUGUACCAUGCUACAAAGACCAGAAAAUUGCCAAUCAAAUGGAUGUCACCGGAAGCUAUUCAUGAUCAAGUAUUUACGACAGAGAGCGACGUGUGGUCGAAUGGUAUUCUACUUUGGGAGAUUUUAACAAUCGGUGAGACUCCAUAUCCUACCAUAAAUAAUCAUGAACUUCUGGGGACUCUUAAAUCUGGAUACAGAAUGGACAAACCACAGAUGUGCUCCGAUGAGAUGUAUGAACUGAUGCGACAGUGUUGGAAAGAAAACCCGACUGAACGGCCUUCAUUUACUGUCAUCCGGAAGCAACUUGAACGGAUGAUGUUAAAGCAUUGUCCUUAUUUGGAUAUGGCAGACGCAAACUAUAGUUACGCACCCUGUUAUGACGUUGCCACUGACAAAGGAACGGAACUCGAAACUACUGCCGUGUAACUUACAUGCUGAUUUGAGUGUAAGAUUUUUCGACAUGAUGAGAAGUUGGCAUUUUGUAUAUACGUUUCUCAGCAGCACAAGAAAAUUUAUACUUUUAAUAGAAUAAAAUAGGGCGUUCGGGUUUUGAGUUUUCGUUCUAGACAUAUCAAGAUUACUUGAUAUGUUAUUCCCGACCCAAGAACCUAGAAUUUUCCAGGUCACGCUGAACAGGUUGUUAUCUUUUAGGGCAGCUUUUCACAAUUAAGCCUGAUUAGGUUCUUAAUAGGCUCUCACUUUUCAGAGGAACACCAAUACAUCUCUAUAUUUCAUUUCAUAAGACAUAUAGAUUUUAAAUUGUCUGUAUUGCACUGUAGCUUUAUGAAAAAAAAUAUUUCUAGUAAAAAUCCAAAAGAAUGUAAAUCAAAGAAAACAGAUGCAGAAUAACUUUUUGUCAGAAGUUUCACACUAAAUGAAAAUCCAGAAUUUAGACCAUCAGUAUUGGAGUGAUUGCUUUUUUGUACAAGAAGCUACUUUUCUUGGCCAUGCUGAACAGGUUCUUAUAUUUCUGAGUAUUUAAAUGCCAAAUUUCAGCCUGUAGGCUCUUAAAUCACUAGGUUCUUAUUUGCGGGUUUUACUGGCCCCCAACCUGCUCUGCAAGGUGAUACAUACGCCAUCUUGAAGACACCAUCCUGGAAUUUAACACUUUUUUAGGAUGUCAGGAAAGGUAUAAUGGUAAAGUCUGUGUACGAGCCCAGUGGCCCAUCAGGCCGGAGCUUACCCGGUUUCCGUAGCAUGAAGCGACUAGGAGUAUUUCUACUCCCCCCUG